UAAUUCGUGUAUAAAAUAUAUUGACUCAAUUUAAGUGACAUUUAAAUGUGUUACUAUAGACCUUAAACAUUUCACACACUACGUAAAAAUUCAAUCAGAUGCAAAUGAGGUUUGGAGGGAUUGACUUAAAGCAGCGGCUAUUUACACUAAGUGCAAAUAGCAAUUAGAUGUUAUUUACACUAAAUAAAAAUGGCUUUUUUUCUUAGCAUAGAUGCUAUUUACACAAAGUCCAAAUAGAGAUGGAUCACAUGUUGGUGGGCGGAGUUAGUGUAAAUAGCCACUGCCAACAAGACAGGCUAUUUGCCCUUAUUUUAAAUAGACACUCUGUUAACUUAGGCGACAAGACAAUCGUGAAUUAAAUCUUUCUCCCAACAGUACAUUUCCAAACAAUAUUAUGGUAGUCUGGCAAUUCGAUCUAGUAAAGAAAUAAAUAUUCGCAAACAAGGAAUAUUAACUUCUGCACUGUUGUUCAGCCGCAGUACAAUCGGUAGCCCCGCCCCUCCUCCACUGUGAUUGGUUGGUCGACUGAAAAGUGACAGUGAUGAGUUGAACAUUUUCAACUCUUGGGGCAGAGAAAAAAAAUUAACAAUUUAAAAUUUUAAGAUUUGAGCAUUAAUUAAAACAAUGCACAAUGCUCGGCAUAUGUUCCUGGCGUUUUAAAAAACACGGUGCUCCCAUUGAAAACAACUGAAGAAAUAUGUUAACUGCGGGAAUUUUUUUACAACAGUGUAUUACGUAUUUUAAAGAAAACCGUUUUUUUUAUUUAAUUUUCUUUAUUUCUUAUUUCUCAUUUCCGGAAGUUUCUUUCAAUGCAGUAUUUCCAACUGAAAUUGAAUACUGAAGGGCGUGGGCGUGGUUUUAUUUCAGCGAUCCUUGGUUGGAGGGGCGUGGUUCACCCAAACCGUCCGACUGACGUAAUCAGAUAAGGAAAUCCCAUUCCAAGAAAAUGUUCAGAUUUUGCUUAAAGAUUACCAAUACCAGCAAUGUGCUUCAACAAAGUAAACGGAGUCAACGGAGAUAAUUUUUCACUUAUUUAGAUUUAAUUUAUUUACAAAAAAAAAAUAUCAAGCUGCAGUGUAGCGUUGCUAAAUCCGUGUUUUACGUAAACAACUCCAGGUUGCUUGUUUUUCUUGCGCGAUCUGGCAACACCGAUCAGCACCUCACUGCAACUGAACAGCGACCAUAUAAGCACAUGUCUGCGUUAAGAUUCUCUGCUGUUUUUCAUUGGAGGAAUAUAUUUAAAAACCACUGCGCUAUAUAAUGUGGCAAGGGGCUUGCGUGCGCUGUGUUUGUUAUUACUUCCAUCACCAUCUCUGUGUUCUUCAAAGAUUUGCACAGGGUGUCUUCGCCACGGAUGCAAGGGAUGUAAGCACACAAAGGAAAAACACAAAAUUGGUCCAGUGAUGCCCACGACAGGCAUUGCGUUUUUAAACGUAGCACCCGAGUUUGCAUUGUAAAUCAGAUGCACUGAAUCGCUGCUCUGCCGGAUCCGUCUGCGUGUCGCUUCCCCUUUUCAGAAGGAGCCGCAUCAACAAAAUGUUGGGUAGGUCGAUCACCUGGAGGAAAUAUAACCAGCGUACCCUCUCUAUGCAGCACCGGCUCCCUCUUCGGCACUGACAUGCCCGCGCCCAGCAAAAAAACCAGGAUCAAAGGGCUCAGAGCUACAGCUGGACGCGUGAAUCGGAAGAAGGACGGCGAACGGGCGCGCACCGGGUGUCCAAAUCGGUGGAGGCCGGAUCACAUCUGCUGGGGACGAGCAUCAAGGGCAGUGCGGCACUCCAGCGCUUCGGGAGCAGGCGACGCGGAUCACCCAUACACCCUCAGCUCCACGACAGCACCGCGUUCCCGUUGCACUUCUCCGUCGGUGUCAAAGAUGCGCUAGAACAACGCACGCGCGCUCUGAAAUGCAUCAAAACACGCCGACAGCGGACAUGCUUUUCAGCGCUUUCACCCAAAGGAUCUGUCGAGAAUAUACCGGGCUGGAAACGAAGACGAGGAUCUGCCAGCGUUUCAGGGGAUGCAAAAAGUGCCAAUGAAUAUACUGCUCAAAUACAUCCUCCUUUUUCCGUCAUUGGCCACAUUGACACCCCUAUAAGCAGGACCAUGGGUUGCAUUCAGAGCAUCGCCUGCAAGCCCCGCAUCCGACGGGAGAACAUAGUGGUCUACGAGGUCUCAGCCUCCAUUGACCAAUGCCCGACCAUCAUUGAGGAAAACUCGCCCAUCGUCCUGCGAUACAAGACCCCGUACUUCAGAGCAUCGGCCGGGAUCGUGAUGCCCCCGGUUCCCAGAAACGAAACAUGGACCGUGGGCUGGAUUCAGGCGUGCACCCAAAUGGAGUUCUUCAACACGUAUGGUGAUAUUGGCAUGUCCAGCUGGGAAUUACCAGAGCUUCGAGAAGGACGGGUGAAGGCCAUAAGCGACUCUGACGGCGUGAGUUAUCCCUGGUACGGUAACACCACCGAAACAGUGACCCUCUCAGGCCCCACGUCCAAGCCGUCCCGGUUAACGGUGGGCAUGAACGACAACUUCUACCCCAGCGUGACUUGGGCGGUGCCCAUCAGCAACAGCAACACGCCCAUGCUCACGCACAUCACCCGAGACCAGAGCUUCAUCACCUGGCUGGUGGCGCUAAACGCAGACACCAAAGAGCGUAUCGUUCUUCAGACGGUGCGCUGGCGUAUGCGCGUAGACAUUGAGGUGGAUCCUUCCAUGCCGCUUGGCUCUCGCGCCAAACUGAUGGGACGGCCGCACCAGGAACAGCCACACAUUCUCAGCAACAAUGAGCCCAUCCCGCCCAACGCUCUGGGCAGGCCCAAUGCCAACGAUGCCCAGGUGCUGAUGUGGAGGCCCAGGAGAGGACAACCUCUGGUAGUGAUACCGCCCAAAUAGGGGUGUCUCAACAGUGCCUAUGGGACAUCGAAGACUGCAUGUGCUGUAUGGACGCUGGAUUUUGGUAUUGCCUUGUGGAUUCCCAGUUUUGUUGGGUUUCUCAGUCGCUCUGAACUAGGAAUUCUCCAUGAGGUUUUGCUACCUUUAGACUUCAAAGUACUCGGUCAGACAGCAAAUGAUCAGGAGUAACUAGUACUAAAUGAACCCAGUAGGUUUAAGGAAUAGUUCACAGAAAAAAAAAUUGUUUAUUUUCUUUGUUCUGCAGAACACAAAAGAAGAUCUGCGACCUUGGAGCACUAAACCAGUCAUAAGGGUCAGUUUUUUUUAAAAUUGAGAUUUACUUUAUAUUUAUUUACGUUAUAAAUAGACUUGCUAUUGAUGUCUGGUUUGUUAGGAUAGUGUGAUAUUUGGAUGAAAUACAACUAUUUGACAAUCUGGAAUCUGAGGGUGCAAAAAAAAAAAAAAAAAAAAAAAUCUAAAUAUUUAGAAAACUGCCUUUAAAGUUGUCCAAAAGAACUUAAUAGCAUUGCAUAUAAUACUAAUGAAAAGUUAAGUUUCGAUAUAUUAACAAUCAAAAAUUUACAAAAUAUCUCGAUAUUUACUUAAACGCCUAAUCAUCUUUAGCAUACAAUAAAAAGAAAUAAUUUUGACCCAUACAAUGUAUUGAUGGCUAUUGCUACAAAUAUACCUGUGCUAUUUAAGACUGGUUUUGUGCCCCAGGUUUACAUAUUUUGCAGAAUGUUUUGGCGGUUUUUGUCCAUACAGUGAAAGCCAAUGGGGUCCAAACAUUUACACCUUGAAAUAUGACUUAAAUGUAGCAUAACUUUAAUGAGUGCCACUCGACUGGUAUGUUUCGA